GGUCUGGGAAGAACCCCAAACCCUAAAUGUGGGUGGGAACAUUCUUCAUCGUCUUUCUCGCCGCGGUCGCUGGAUCAUCGUGCGGCGCUGCUCGAUUGUACCGCUUCCCACGGUCGGCCAGGGUUGCGAUCCAGGACUGGAGGCCAUUCAAUGUCGCUCAUCGCGGAUCAAAUGGGGAAAUUCCAGAGGAAACGGCACUGGCGUAUAAGAGAGCAAUCGAGGAAGGAGCCGAUUUUAUAGAAGCGGACAUCACAGCUACAAAGGAUUGCGUUCUUAUUUGCUUCCACGAUCCAAUUCUCGAUGAUGUCACGGACAUUGCUGCGCAUCCGGAAUUUAGAGGACGAAGAGCUACGUACGAAUUCGAGGGCCAAAAUCUCACGGGGUUCUUUGUUGUGGACUUUACAUUUGAAGAGCUUCAAAGACUAAGACUUCGCCAGCGGUAUAGCUUUCGGGAUCCUUCAUUCAACGGAAAGCUUCAAAUCAUCACAUUCGAACGUUUUAUCUCAAUCGCCUUGGAGGCGUCUCGCACAGUUGGAAUCUAUCCGGAAAUCAAGAGUCCGGUCUUCAUGAACAAACAUGUACAGUGGCCUCAAGGCAAGAGAGUAGAAGAUUCUUUCAUGGAAAUCCUACAGAAGUAUGGCUACAAAGGAAAAUAUAAAUCGGACGACUGGAACAAGCAGCCAAUCUUUAUACAAAGCUUUGCUCCAACGUCGCUUAUGUACAUCUCGAACAUCACAGACUCUCCAAAAAUCUUUCUGAUCGACGAUGCCACGGUUCGUACGCAGGACACAAACCAGAGUUAUGCAGAGAUAACAUCAAACCGAUACUUGGAUUUCAUCAGCAACUAUGUUGUUGGCAUUGGACCCUGGAAGGAUACGAUAGUGCCUCCAAACAUCACCACUGGUUAUUUGAUGAACGCGACACACCUGGUUUCAAGAGCUCACUCUCGGCAUCUCCAGGUUCAUCCCUACACGUUUAGGAACGAGAACCAGUUCCUCCAUUUUGAUUUUCAUGAGGAUCCAUACGAGGAAUUCGAAUACUGGAUCAAGACUGUUAAAGUCGAUGGACUCUUCACGGAUUUUCCAGGGAGCUUGCACAGGUAUCAGGAGUGGAGCUCCAAAGAGUAGCGAAAUAAUGGUUUGAUACACAUUUCCUUGAAUGUAAAGAUAUGAAAUUUUACGCGCCA